GACCUGCUAAGCCCUGAGUGCCUUCUUUUUCGAUCAGUUGGUCCCUUUUAAUUUCUAGGAUUUGUGGGAUUUCUGGAUCCAAAUCAUUUCGUUUAUUUAAUUGUUAAAUAUGAUAAGAAAAGUUAUAAUUCAAAUACAUCGAAGCAUUGCACGACCGCUGAUCAGCCAACAAGUACGUUGUUUUGCCAAAGCGGGAACAGGUGGAGUGGAAUCGAUAGAACCCACAUCUGCUGAUUAUGAACUUCAAAAGGAGCACAUUGCAGAGGCUGUCAAAGCACAGCCUCUUCUAUCAUCCGUUUCACCACAGUUAUGGCAAAAGGCACAUGAAACAUUUGCUAAUCAUGGCUUAAACACAAACAGUUUCCUGCAAAUUGUUACCGGGAAUCCGAAAGUUUUAAUGCGCUCACCACAGAAAAUCAUCGAGACAUUGGAGCACUGGCGCUCCUGUCAAUUUGGGGAGUUUUUCCUCUUUCAACUUAUUACCAAAUAUCCUGCCCUUAUGGAUGUUAGUGACAAACGUAGAUUGUUGAAACAGAUUACAUUUUUGCAAGGCUAUGUGGGUUCAAGUAAAAAUGUUUGGAAACUAUUAAUGAAUUGUCCAACACUUAUCGAACAAUCUACAGAGACAAUUGAAGCCAAAAUUGUUUAUAUGAAAGAAGUAAUGCGUCUUGAAAUACCAGAAAUUAUUAAAUCGGAGGCACUGUCUAAGUCUUUGGACGAGAUUAAAUGCAGACAUGUGUUUUUGGAACGUUUGGCUCUUUUCAAACCCCGCUCGCCUAAAGCAGAUCCCAAUGAACCAAGUAAAAACCCGCGUUUAUAUAAAAUUACCGAUACAUCGGAUAAGUCUUUUGCGAAUAAAGUUUGCCAUGUUUCUCAUGCAGAGUUUGAGGCAUUCAAAGAGCUAUUUGCCCGCGAAUUGGAGAGACAGCGAAAGGAAGAGGAAGAAGAUGAUGCUGACGAUGAGGAUUAUGAUGACGAUUACAAUACAAUUGAUGUACAAGUGAAAUAAAUGAAUACAAUGUGUGACAUGA